CUACAAACACGUGCAACGCGCUGGCGGCGUGCGUUAAAUCUAAGAAUUCAGUUUCUCUUUGCAUUUGACAUUUGAAUUGACUCAGCAAAAUGGGAAAAAAGUCAAAAGUUGGAAAGACGCGCAAGGAUAAGUUCUAUCAGUUGGCCAAAGAGACAGGCUUUCGAUCGCGUGCUGCUUUCAAGCUGAUCCAAUUGAAUCGCAAAUAUGGUUUCCUGCAAGAGUCGCAAGUAUGCGUCGAUCUGUGCGCUGCACCCGGUGGCUGGAUGCAGGUCGCCAAACAGAAUAUGCCCGUCUCGAGCAUUGUCAUCGGCGUUGAUCUGUUUCCCAUACGGGCCAUCCCCGGCUGCAUUAGCCUGGUCGAGGACAUCACAACGGAAAAGUGCCGUCAGUCGCUCACCAUGGAACUGCAAUCGUGGAAAGUUGAUGUCGUCCUGCACGACGGUGCACCCAAUGUGGGUCGCAACUGGUUGUACGACGCCUAUCAGCAGAUCUGCCUCACAUUGAACGCCCUCAAGCUGGCCACACAGUUUAUGCGCAAAGGCGGCUGGUUUGUGACAAAGGUGUUCCGCUCCAAGGAUUACAAUUCGCUGCUCUGGGUGCUCAAGCAGUUGUUCAAGAAGGUGCAUGCCACCAAACCAAGUGCAUCGCGUAAGGAGUCAGCCGAGAUAUUCGUUGUGUGCCAAUAUUAUUUGGCACCCGAUCACAUCGAUCCCCGUCUGCUGGAUUCAAAGUAUGUGUUUGAGGAGCUUGAUCUCGAGGGCAGUAGCAAAACCACCAGUCUGCUCCAUCCCGAGAGGCAAAAGCGCAUCAAGGCCGAAGGCUAUACAGAGCAGGACAUGUCGCUGCGCAACGAUUUGGCUGCAUCGGAAUUUAUGAAGUCGGACAAUGCGCUUGCGGCGCUUCAGGGUAUUGGAUCGAUCACUAUGGAUGAUGAGCGCAUUGCCAAACACAAGGGAACAACGCCGGAGAUUCUUGAGUGCUGCAAGGAUCUAAAGGUGCUAGGACGCAAGGACAUAAAAGGCUUGCUGCUGUGGUGGAAACGUGUUAAGGAGGAGCUAUUCAAAACAGACAAAGGCAUCAUUGAGGAGCAGGAAGUUGAAGUCGAGCAACCGCAGCCGUUGACCCAAGAACAAAUUGAGGAUAUGGAGGAUGCUGAGCUGCAGCAGCAAAUUGGAUUGCUCGCCGAUGAAGAGCAGAAAGAUCUGAAGCGUAAACGCAAAAAGACGCUCAAAUCCAAGGCAAAGCUGCACGACAAGAUGAACCUGAACAUGGUCAUUAAGGGCGACGAUGGCCCCGUCGAGGAGACCGAGCAUGAGAUCUUCGAUCUAAGGGAUAUCAAAAGCUUGAACGAGCUGGACGAGGUUCUGGACGUUAAUCCGGAUUUUGAUUUAGAAGGCGACGCCGUGGAACUGCCCAAGUUACCCAAGUACAAAAAGUACGACAAGGAUGACAAACGCAUGGACGACGAUGCCAACUAUGAGAACGAUGAUGAGCCCGACGUCAGCGCUGAGGAGGACAACGAUAGCGAUUAUAAUGAACAGGGAUUGGGACUUAGUGACAACGAUGAUGAGGAUCAGCCUGAAUCCAAAGGCAAGGGAAAGAAGAAGAAACGUGGCGAACAUCCGCUCAUAAAAUCGGGUGACUUCCGUGACAAGGACACCAGGCGUCAGCAGCGCGUGCAAUUGUGGUACGAAAAAGAUAAUCUCCAAAAUAUUGGCAACGACGAGGAUGACGAUGAGGAAAACUAUGAUCUGGACAAUCUAGCCAAGGCCUUUAAGGACAAAAGUGUCGAUGUGCUUGGCGACAGGCGUUCCACAUUUGUCCCGGAAGACAGCAGCGAAACUGGCACCUUGCUCCUGGGCAAAAAGGCCAAGCGCCGUGCUCGACACGAUGGCCAAAAGGAGGAAAGCAGCAGCUCGGACUCAGAUUCAGACUCUGAGCUAGAAGUCGAUGAGGAUAAAGUUGCUGGAGACAUGGCCAAAGAACCCAAGGCGAAGAAGGUGCGCUUGAGCGAGGAGGAGCUGGCGCUGGGUGCGCUGUUGGUGCGUGGCAAGAAGACGCGUCGGGACCUCAUCGAUGCCGCCUGGAAUCGCUAUGCGUUCAAUGAUGACAAUCUGCCUGUGUGGUUUGCACAGGACGAGUUGGAGCACAUGACCAAGCCACAGCCUGUGCCCAAAGAACUGCAGGAGGAAUAUCAGCGCAAGGUGCAGGAGUUGAAUGUGCGCCCCAUCAAGAAGGUGAUGGAAGCGAAGGCGCGCAAGAAGCGCCGCUCCACAAAGCGUUUGGCCAAGGCCAAGAAAAUGGCCGAGAAGAUCAUGGAGAAUGCGGAUGCAACCUCGCAGGAGAAGGCCAAGCAGCUGAAGAAGGUGUACAAGAAGGCGCAGGAGAAGAAGAAGGAGAUCAGCUAUGUAGUCGCCAAGAAACACACGGCCUCCCGUCGUGCUCGCCGUCCAGCUGGCGUUAAGGGUCGCUAUCGUGUCGUCGAUCCGCGCGAGAAGAAGGACAAGCGCUCCAUUGUGGCCAAACAGCGACGUGCAAAAGGCAGCAAAGGCGGUAAGGGAGGUGGCAAGGGUACGAAGAGUGGUAAGGGCAAGCGCUAGUCGACGAACACAGUCGCUUGUAGUCAGUUAUGUAAAUGUAAAAUGUAUAAAAUAAAUAUAUAAUCUAGUGCAUAAUGAAAACAAUCGAAAAUA